AUGAGCUCUCGAAAACAUAAAAGAAAUAAUGUUUUCAAUGAACAUCGAGUUGAUACUAUUGAUAACAACGUGGUCAUAAGUGAAGAUAUUAAUCAAAAUUCAACUGAUCUUCGUCAUGAACCAUCAUCAUUAAUAGGUGCAACAACAAGUACAAGGUUAUACAAAGGUCAACCAAUUCAGGUUCUUGAACAUAAUGGACAAAUUUUUGUUCCAUUACAGGAAGAUUAUCAUGUUCAAAAUAAAUUAAAUAAACAAGUUUACAAAGAUGGUCAUUAUAUUAACAUGAUGAAUCAUCGUACUGAUAAUAGAAGAGAUGAUUCACAUAUGUACGAAGAAACAACCAGUAAUCACCUACAUCUACAGGAAACAACAUCUUCUACUCCUAAAAGAUCCCGUGAUCAACUUAAUAAAUCACAGGAAAACAGGAAAAAAAGCAAGAAUGACGAAGCACAAGCUAUAUAUGCAAGAACAACAACAAAUCAUUAUAAUUCUCCUACAACAACAACAAAUUAUUAUAAUUCUCCAACAACAAAAACAAAUUAUAAUUCUUCAACAACAAAAACACUUUCUGGUAAAAAUUACUCAAUUCCAAUUGAUCAAUUAAGAAGAGCAGUUGGAAAUAAUCUUCCAUGUUUUAUUAUUGAAUUUGAUAAAAAUAUUGCUCAACGUGAUCUUCCAUCAGCAAUUAUAGCAUGUGAUCUUAUUCAGGAACAUUUUAUCAAAAACAAGAUUAUUAUAACAGGUUUUUCUGUUGCUGUAUUUUCAGGUCAUCGUUUGAAAUUAGGAGUAGAUAAUAUGGAAGAUUAUUCUAGACUUAUACUUUCGGAUACAUGGCCAACAUCUAUUAAUGGGAAAAAAAUGUCGAUUAUUAAACCAAAAUUCGUUCCGGAUUGUUUUACAUUGGUAAUACGUUAUAUUCCAAAAGCUGUUUCUAUUCAAUUUGUAUCUGAUGAAAUUAAACGAUCAAUAAGUUCAGCAGACAACAUUAAACAAAUUAUUUAUUCUUACAAUCGUACUACAAAUGAUUUUCGUUUUACAGUCUCUGACCUGAUGGAAUAUGAAGGUGCUUUGAAACUCGGUCGAAUAUCAAUUGGUAAUCGUCUUUAUCCUGUUACAGUUUAUCAGCCUGCAAAUAAAAUGACUUUUUGUACAAAUUGCUGGUUAAUUGGUCAUACACGUGCAACAUGUUCAGUACUUGAACGUAAAUGUCGUAUUUGUUUAAAGGUUUACGAUCAAGAUCAUACAAGUUCAUGCUCAGGUAAACCACUGUGUGCUCAGUGUGGACAAGAUCAUCACUCACUUGAUCCUAAGUGUGAGGUUAUUCAACACUACAGGAAGAAAUUGAACCUGGAAGUAAAACAAGCAAUAAAUGAUGGUAUUAUUAAUCGUAAACCUAUUCAAGUACAUCAACAACAUCAAUCUCAGUUCAUUGGAACAGCUUAUGAUACUGAUUUUCCGGUUUUACCUAAUUAUAACAACAACAACAUCAAGUCUAAGGUAAACAAAGUAUGGCCGGAUAUUUCAUCACAACGUACAACAACCACGAAUACCUUUUCAAACGAUAUUAUCAUAAACAAGCUGCACACAAUGAAUGAUGACCUAAAACAGGAUAUGAAAUUAAUGAAGGACAUGAUUGUUAAAAAGUUAGAUGAACAAAUUAUGUUAAUCACAAAAAAUGUCCAACUGCAUCAAGUAAGCAUAUGUACUAUUAACUCAUCAUUUAUGAAAUUGAUAAAAAAUGUACUCUACCCAUUAAUUGAUAUAAUUCCUGAUGUUCAUGAGCAAGUAAGAAAACAAAUCUCAACUGCUCUGACAAAUCUUGAAGGUCCAUUACGUAUUCAUGCUGAACAGGUUCGUAUUAAUUAUAAUACAGAUUAUUAUUCAUCAACAUCAAAAUCGAUGAUUUUACCAACUAAUGUGCCUGAUAACAACAAUGUAGUUGCUCCACCAUCACCCUCGUCCAAUACACCAACCUUGAUUGAAGAAACGGAGAAGCCGGUGAGGUUUCAUCCCUGUUCAUGA